AGGAGGAGAAGAGGGUAGGCUGUAUUGUAUCAGUAGAGCUGGACGGGGCUGCUGGCAGCAUGACUGACUCUCUGUGCAGGAGAUAGCAGGACUGGCACUUUCACUAGUACGCACGAUGGGGGCCCGCCUGUGGUUCCUCUUCUUCGCUGUGAAUGAAGUGGCAGCCUUGGUACACUCGCAACAGCUCUCGUCCUGCCAAGUGUUCCAAAAGGAUGCAUACUGCAGUAACCUGAAUCUGACGAGUAUCCCACCCCAGCUGCCAGCUAGCAUCCAUACACUUGACCUGUCGUGGAACCUCCUCCAGAACCUGACAGAGGAUGUCCUGUUUUCCUAUCCCACCAUAAAGCAUCUUAAUCUCCACUCCAAUAGGAUCCAGUUCAUUCAGCCAGGCUUCUUCCAAAAAAUGGCUCAUCUACAAGUUCUGGACCUCUCCAAAAACGAACUGCAUGUUAAUGCAGCUCUAAAAACAAACGCACUAGGACCUCUCACCUCAGUCCAUACCCUGGACUUGUCCGGAAAUGGCCUUUUCACAGACAUGAGCGACUACUUUCUGAGAGAUGCACCAGCCCUCACUAACCUCUAUUUGAAUGGAAACAGCAUCACCAAAUUAGGCAAAGACACAUUUAGUGGCUCGCUGGCUUUGAGAAACAUAAACUUACACAACAACGUCAUUCUAGAGAUCGAGGAGGGCACAUUUGACUCUCUGCUGGAUCUCACCGAACUUGAUUUGUCGAUGAACUCGAUUUCAUGCAUUACUGACUUCAAUCUCUUCCACCUGAAAUCAUUGAACCUGAGCAAAAACAGCAUGACCUCCUUCCAGAGCAUUGAGUCAGAUGAGGAGUUUCAACUGCUCCAUCUGGACCUGAGGGAGAACAAAAUCCACUACUUCCCCAUUCUUCCCAGCAAUAACAAACUCAUCUACCUGGACCUCUCGAGGAACCAGCUUCGUAGCGUCAACAGCACUGGUGCAGCUGAGGAACUGCAGUACCUGAGAGAGAAAGAAGAGCUGACCCAUGCCCCCCUUCGUAGCAGCAAUGGCCAUCAGGAAUUACACAGGCUGUUCUACUUAGACCUGAGCUAUAACCAGCUGAAGAAUGUGCCUCCAGACUUCUUCAGCAGCAUGAGGAGUUUAGAGACCUUAAACAUCAGCAACAACUGUCUGGGCACCUUUAUAGUAGACUCUGAGGGCCCUCUGAACGCACUGAAGACCCUUGAUCUGAGCUUCAACAACUUGCAGAACCUGACAUUUAGUGAAGGCACCCUUCGGUCAUUGGUAACACUUUAUCUUCAGGGCAAUUCCCUCAGCACCUUGGACUCUGGAAUGUUUUCCAGUCUACCCAGUAUCACAAGCCUGCAUCUUCAACUCAAUGAGCUGAGAGUCUGUGGUCUACAAGAGGAUCCAACCAGCAACUGCGUCUCCUUUUCCUCCAUUCCCACUCUGCAAUACCUCUACCUCUCUGAGAAUGAGCUGUCUUACCUACCUGCGCAUGCUUUCCAAGGUACUCCAUUGCUCAUCCUGGACGUAUCUUUAAACCCUGGCUUGAAGGUCAGCGAACAAGCUCUCUCUGGCUUAGAGAACUCCCUCACCUAUCUCUCUUUGAAAGGGAACCAUCUAAAGACGCUCAGCAUGGACAUGUCCCUCCUACGAGGCUUGAGGAUGGUGGAUUUGUCUAGUAACAGAUUGACCAGCCUGUCACUAAGCACAGAGUCGAACAUUGAGGUUCUGAACCUGAAGAACAAUAGACUGACAUUUCUGGAUGAUCAGACGCUAAUGGCACUGGAGGGCAUGCUUAAAAGUCUCUACAUCAGCUUUAAUCCACUCAGCUGCUGUGCAAACGCACGCCUAAUCAGUUGGGCACAGCAAGCCAGUGAGACCAUCCCUGACAUCACAGUGGUCACCUGCCAAUACAGAAAGAACAAUGAGGAUGUGGAGAUCAGCCUCAGAAAUGUGAAACCUGAACACUGCGAGACUCUCCACAGCAAAGUGCUUCUGAUUAGCAUCAUUGCAGUGUUAGUUUUGGGACUGAUGGUGGUUUUGCUAGUGGCCAUAAAGUUGUGCCACUCGAGAAGCCACAGAUUCAACCAUAGCUACAAGGCUUGACAAUUGACAAGUACUUUACUGAAGGAAAACUGAAAACUCAGAAAGGAAACUGAAGGUGGAGAUGUGACAGUCACAUGAGUUCAGCAACAGGUCCUUCUAUGGUCAGGAAAAUAGGCCUGGGUAUUCCUGAUUUGACUGAUCUGAAGGGGAACUGGCUGAAGUUGUUGUACAAGUUGCAAACACUAGGCCUGACAUUUCAAUCACAAUUGUACGACUUUUAUAUUAAGUUUAUUAAGUUUAUUUGCAAACAGAGAUAUGCAGUGUUAGUUUGGAACGACUGGAAAAAAAAGCUGAGCAGAACUGAGCUGUAAUCUUGACCAAAAAAUUGGGCCCUUUUUGUUAUUUAGAGAAUAACAAAGAAUAUAUAGUGUACACUCACUCAUCACCUACAGUGAUGGAAGCGUCGGAUUGCAUAGCAUGUUGAUAGGGUGUUUUAGUAGCCUCCCAAACAUUUUCAACCAGGUAUAGAUCUGGCAAUCCAGCUGGCUAUGUGGCAUAGUGUCUGUGCCUUCGAGGCAAGCUCUAAAGGUGGCAGCAGUGUAUGGACGAGCAUUGUCUUGUUGAUAAUGUGGGGCCACUGGUUGCAGGACCUUAUAAAUAUAAAGUUGGGCUGUCAAAGUGCCUGUAAUUAAAAAAACAAAGAUGAUCUACCAUCAUAAAACAAAGCGCUGAUCAUCUUGGCGCUGGCCACAAUGGCUCCGCGCACUGAUCCGUUGUUGUUGGUCGUCCCCACCAAAACCAAAGUGGGACUCAUCAAUGAAGAAGUUUCAUUGUUUCAAGUUUCAUUUCAAAAUUCAAAAUUUGAAGGAUGAGGAUGUGGUGGGACUCAGUGUUGGACUGCUGCUUGUGAUCUGUAUUCAAAACUCAAUUGAAGGACUUUUGUUUUUUCUUUUCAUACAGUCACUACAUUUUCCAAUGGUUCGCCUUGGCUCAUUAUUUUGCACUUUAUGGACUGUGUUGUGUUGUGAAUAUGAAAGUUGAAUGUUUAUAUGAUGUUAUGUCACAUGUAAAUGUACUCCUCUUAAGCCUAAACAAAGCCAAUACCAAACACUACAGAUAAACAGCAUACUACAGUUACAACAGGCCUAGAAUUUAGGACAAUAUGGGUGUAGGAGGGGUGUAGGACAUAGCUCAAUAGUACUAUAAUAUUGGAUUGUGUUCAUGGUAGCAUUGAAGGUUCAGUUUGUACAUUCAAAUGUGAAAAGUGAUGGGAUAGGAGUACCUGAAUUGAUGUGUGAAGUGUUAUCUCAGGGGGUGGUGAGGUUAAACAGUGGACAGUGUGUUAUUGGGGUAUGUGGGUAUCAAGGGAAUAGUUCAUGGAAGGGCAUUGGAAGCAGCCACAGUGGAUAGCACAUUUAAUAAUCGGGUAAAUAAAUGAUCGUGACCGGCUGUGUCUGGCUAGGAUUGUCUCUGUGAACAAACUGUUCAAAAAACGACUCUGGCAGGAGGCACUGCACGCACAUCCCACACAAUGUUCUUGUUCUAGUUGUAGUUCCUGUCCCAUGAGUUUUGGCUUGCCAGUGUGCAAUAUGCCCCUUAAUCCGGUUUGAUCCAUUUUGAAGGUCAGUGAGAUGCAUGGCAGUCAUGAGACUGGACAGGGAACAUGUGGACUGUGCGUGUGUGAGUGGGUAUGUGUGUGUGUGUGUGUGGGUGUGUGUGUGUGUGAUAUGAUUAAACCGAGCUAGGGCAGAGGAAGUGCUGCUGUCGGGACACCUGCAGUGAAAAUGCAGUGUGUUUUCACAGCUUUGGGGCCGCUGCAGAUACCUUUCCUGUUAUUGAUUCAGCCUCACCAAUCCCUGAAAGAGUGGAGUCUCCGCUGGAGAGGAAAAGAGCUGAAGAAAUGAAGAAGCUUUUAAUGAGAAGAUUGUUUGAAUUAUGGAUAUUAUUUAUUAGCUUUUCAAAUAGACAGUCGUGCAUCUUAUGUCACAUUAGUUACGUUCGUAACUUUUUUUUUUUUUCCAGGGAUCGAAUACAAGUAAAUAAAUGUAUUAAUUAGAUUUAUUAUUAGAGUUAUGAGGAGGAAAUGGACUGUGCAUGAUGUUUAUACCAGGAGUUGGCAUGACCAAAAUAGACACAGGAAAUCCCUGUGUGUUUGGAUGUGUCAUCAGCUGGUGUAUAAAUAGGAGCUCAUUUUACAACCUGUUGAGUGGAGAACAAGAGGGACAUUUCCUCCUAUGGGUUUCAUGGUCACUACCACUUCUUGUUUUUGCCGCCUACGCAAUCUCUACAUGUCGAAACUAGCAGUGAUCUCACACCCUUGUACCCACACCCACACAGUGAUGCAAAGGCAAAUGACUCUUACAAAUCUGAAUGACUCUUUAUGGUCUCAGGCUCCUGUUGCAUUCUACUAAAUAUGGUAUUUACACACCAUGAAAGAAUUAUAAAAAAAAAAAAAAAAAAAAAGAAGUUAUGUAUAAAGAAUGUAAGUGAACUGUUGAUAUAGUUCAUGCAAAUGUAUAAAUGAAAAUAUAUUUAUGAAGUUUGUUUUUUAUUUUCGUAAAUAAAUGUUAUGUAAUAACUUG